ACGGUCCAUUAGAAUUAAAAGAAUCUUUGGCUGAACCACCAACAACUGAUGACGUCAUAAAGAAUGUGUGAAAGCAUUGUGUCAUAAAGGAUUAGAGAAUGUUAGUAAAUACAAUGUUCAUUAGUUACGUUUGGAUGAGACUGACAGCAGCAUAGUGUUAUGAGAAGUGAUUAUUGUGUUCACAGAUUUUUGUCCAUUUCAGGAUUGUGGCCCACUUAAUUUAUGUAUUCUUUUGCAUCAUUGUUAUUUCCCUUUUUAACUUUGUUUGACAUCCUUUUUUGAAUCCACCACAUCUCAGCCCAUCAUGAGUGAUGGGGAGAGUGUGAGUGAUGAAUGCAGCGAUGAUGUGUCCACCAUCAGCCUUAUAUCUGAAGCUCCCAGUGAGCCUCUGACUUCGAGUGAAGAAUCGAGCAUUGGUGCCUCCAGCCCCAGCCCCAUCUCUGAAGGUCCCAACAAGCCCACGAGUGAGUCUUUGAGCCAGGAGGACUGGAGCAGAGAGGCUGACAUCAGCGCUUCCUCCAACGAAAGCACUGUCUCUGUAGGCCCCAGCCAGGUACCUCAGCCUCGUCUUCCAUCAGCCAGAGCCCUCCCACCUAGAGGGGUGAAGAGCUGGACGAGGCCUGGGGUUCGUGAUGACUCAAGAGCCGCAGACAGCAACGCAUGCUUGGGAGAUGGCACAAGCCUUAGCGACGUUGAGGGCGAUGACGAUGAUGAGAUCUGGAACGCUAUCAGAGGCAUCACGAACGCUGGAGACUGCCAUCUCAGUGACGCCUCCAGCACUGAGUUUAAUCAAGACCCUGACGAAGGACCGAGCAUCCGUGAUUUGAACGAUGAUCACAGCCUUCUUGCGGCCUUCAGUGACCCUCGUCUCAGGAGAAACUUGAGAAAGCCAACCACCACCGCCAAAGGCAUCGACAAUGCCAGCCUCCGCCCAGUGAGGAAGCUCACAGUGAUGGUGCCGACAUGCUGGAACGAGCCCGUGGACAGCCAGGAGACCUCCGAGGGGGAUGACUGCCCGGCCUCCACUGACCAUGAGUCACCCGUCCUGGACAUUGCUGCAGCUGAUGCAUCUGCCGACUCCCCUCAGCAGCAGACACCCACCCAGCAGCUGCUGCAGGACCAGGCUGUUGUUGAGGAGGAUGCAGCCGAGCGACGUGAUGGAAGUGGAAUUGGGGUCUGCGUGGAGGAGGGCACACAGAGAGGAGAGAAGAGGUUCUGCUGCCCUUUCCUGAGACGCCUGGGCAAGACCCUCAGGAGCCUAGGACGGAGAGGUAGGAAGGUGGAGCCCCUUAGCAUUCCCCAGACCAUGCAGAAGGACGCAGCCGAGCGACGUGGUGGAAGUGGAGCCUGCGUGGAGGAGGAAGGCGCUCAGGAAGGAGGGAAUGGGGUCUGCUGCCCUUUCCUGAGACGCCUGGGCAAGAGCCUCAGGAGCCUAGGCAGGAGAAGCAGGGGACAUUGAAUCAUCAUGACAUUGAAUGUAUUGGUUGAGGGGGCCCUAUCAGAUGACUUUGUCCCGGGCCCAGCCAAAGCUGUCAACGGCCCUGGUUGCACCUCUCACCCCAAGACUCCCAAGCGCUCUCCAGAGGGACUGUCUUAUGGUAACCCCCUGCACCCCACCUCUGCUGGCAGGUUCCAGGCUCUCCAGCCCCUCUGCUGGCUGCCUGCAAUGAGCGGCUGGUAGCCUACUUCCCCAACUUGCGCUGAUGUGCCUUCUCGAUCCUCUCCUCCCAGGGUACCGGUCACUCAAUCAAAGCCACCUGCUUUGUUGUAUCAUCAUGGAGGCUGGGAUUUACAACCCCACUGUAUAGCUCUAAUGGGAACUUUGCAGAAGAGAUUAAAUAAACUCCACUGGGGUUGAACCAAAAUGAAAUACAAAUUAAAAGAAAGAAAAAUAAAUAAAUAUUGCCCAUAUCCUUUUUCCCCACAUACUUUGUAUGGAUUAGUAAGUUAUUUUCCACUUUGUAUACUCCUUGAAUUAUUUACUGAC